AAUGGGGAUGUCUAAAUUUCUGUAUUUAUUUUUUAUUUUUGCUUUUUUGUCAUCAAUUCGAGCAACUUUUUAUGAAAAUGAUAAAAUUACUUUUCAUAUUCCUUUAAUUGGUGUUCCAUUAAAAGAAUCGAUUUUUUUUCACAAACCUAUUUCUUAUCAAAAUAGUUUGAUUUAUUUAGCAACAGAAAAAAAUAUUCUUGCUGCUAUUAACAGUAAAGAUGGUAGUUUAGUUUGGAGACAAAAAUAUGCGGAGAAUGAUCCUAUCAAUGCGAUUAAACCAUUAGAUUCAAAAAUUAUUUCUCUUUCUAAUUCGUCAAACGUUAGAGCAUGGAAUGCAUUAACCGGCUUCUUAAUUUGGGAAGAAACACUUCAGAAUUUUUUUUUAGAUAAUAGAUAUGUUAUUAAAAUUUUUGAAAAUAAUAUAACAUCAAAUAAAGAUAUUAUACUUUUGACAUCAAAUACGAUAUAUUUUUUAGAUAGUAACACGGGAUCUCAAAUCUGGUGUUACGGAAAGAACGUAGAGAGACUACCAAUAUUUUUGUCAAUAUCCAAUUCAUUUGUAUAUGUUGUCGAAUCGAGAGUAUCAUCAAAUACAUAUUUUAUAUCAGUUUCAAAAUUGGAUGGAAAAACUGGGAAUAAGAUAGCAUCAAAUUAUCUAUUUUCAAUAUCAAAACUUGAUGAUAUUAUCUAUGUAGGAAGUUCUCCUUUACCUAUAAUAGUAUGGAGAAAUUCUAGUAUUUCUAGCUCUCUCUCUAUAUAUGAUUUUGAUCGAAAUAUUACUCAUAUUAUAAAUAUAGAAAUACCCUUUAGUUCCGUUAAAUUAUAUUCAUCUGAGCAUUCUAAUGUGAUUUCUCCGUCUAUUUUGCUUCAUUUCACUUCUAAUUCUUAUCAAAAGACAUGGGCAAGUGUUUUUUCUUUUAAAUCAAAUUCUUCGAUUUUAAAAUUGUAUGAAAUAUCAUCAAUAUCAGCUACAUCAUGUUUCUUUGCUACAAUUUAUGCAUUUAAUAUUUUUUAUAUUCAUUCAUAUAUCAAUAAGUUCGGUUCUAUAACUAUAGAUACAUAUGGAGAUAAAAACAAUUCUAUUUUAAAUACAUGGAAUAUAUCUCAAAAUCAAUCCCAUUCUCAUCUUGAACAAAUUAUAUCAAAUUUUUUUCAAAAAAAAGAUAAUUCAACUAUGAUAAAAUCAGUUGUAGUAAUGUCAGAUGGAGUAAUUUAUAUGGUGAAAGAAUCUUCUAUUUUAUGGCAUCGCGAAGAAUCUUUGUCUUAUUCAAUUCACGCAGAAUUCUUUCAGCUUCCUCAAAAACAUAUAGUUUUAAUAGAAAAUGAUUCUUUAAAGAAAUCAAAUUUUUUGCCUUCUAUUUAUAUAAAAAGAAUUAUUAGGCAUUUUAAUAAAUUAAAAGAAAUUAUAAAAUAUAUAGUUUCAUCUAUUAGAAAAAAGCUUUCAAAGAAAUAUAAAGAUACAUCAAAUAUACAAAAAACUAGACUACGAAAAAACGUAUUUGGUUUAAAGCAAAUUAUUAUUGUCAUUACCUCUAAAGGAAAGAUAUUAGCGUUGGAUCCUUUUUUUUCUGGUAUAAUUAUAUGGUCAAAUAAUUUAGGAAACAAAUUUGAUUAUAAAGGCUUAUGGAUUAUUAAAAAAAGUAAAACAUUAAAUGACAUUCCUGUUAUUGCAGUUCUUGGGAGAAGUUUUCAAGAUAUGCACUUUUGGAGAAUAAAUGGCCUAACUGGAGAAAUAAUAAAUUUUAAAAAGGUUGAUAAUGACAUUAAGAAUUCUUUUAUCUUAGAUCAUAUUUCAACAAAUGACUCCAAUGAAAAUAUUAUAGUUGGAAUAACAGAAGACAAAAAGGUUAAGCUUUUAUACGAUACUUCAAAAGCUCUUCCUAUUUCUAUGUUAGAAAAUUUAUCUAAUAUAUAUUUUUCUACUAAGAAUCUAAAUACCUUAGAAGGAUAUUUUCUGGAUUUUAAGAAUUUAUAUGCUAACGUUACAUGGACUAUUGAUUUUCCUUCUUCUGAAUCCAUCAUUUCUCUAUCAUUUAGAAAUAAAAAUGAAAAAAUAGCAUCUAUUGGACGUGUUCUUGGGGAUCGCUCUGUGUUAUACAAGUAUUUAAAUUCUCACUUUUUAGCAGUUGCAACGGGAAACGAAGAAGAUUCAAAAUUGAACAUUUAUUUAAUAGAUAUGGUUAAAGGAAUGAUAUUACAUACUAAUCAUUAUAAUAGUGUUGAUAUUUCAAAGGGAGUAGAAAUAUUAUUAACAGAAAAUUGGAUAGUAUAUCAGUUUUGGAUAGAAAAACCUACAAAAGGGUAUCAAAUUGUUAUUUCAGAAUUAUAUGAAAGUGAAACAAGAAAUAAGAGAAAUAAGGGAGAAAAUUCUACUUCAAUUUAUAAUAUUCCUUUGCCCUUUGUAAUAUCUCAAGCAUAUCUUUAUCCACGUCGAAUCCAUGCAUUCACUAGUGUAUUAACACGAUAUGGAAUUACAUCACGAGAUAUUAUUUCUUAUAUCGACUCUAACCAAAUUAUUAUAAUUCCUAAAAAACUACUUGAUCCUCAAAGACCAAUUUUGACGAGCAAUAAAAUCCCAUCGGAAUCAAUUAAAGGGCUAAUUCCAUAUGACGUAAAUUUAUUCAUAGAUUCAAAAAUUAUAAUCAGUUGUAAGAAUGAGGUUUAUGGAAUAAAAAAUAUAUUGUCUAGCCCAACAUUACUAGAAAGUACAUCAUUAAUAUUGGCGUAUGGCCAUGAUAUUUUCUUUACAUAUGUUACUCCAAGUAAUUCUUUUGAUGUUCUCAAUCCUAGUUUCAAUAAAUUUCAGUUAUUGUUAACUAUUUUUUUACUUAUUGUUGGACUUUUUUUAUUAAGAUCAAUAAUAAAAGUUAAAUUAUUAAAAAAGAAAUGGUUAGUAAUAUAAAAAAUUAAAUUGC